UACGUGGGAUGUCUUGGAAUCAACACAUCGAUGAAAAGUCUGGAUUUUGACACCCGAUCUGCGAUCGCCAAAGAAUGCAUUAACAGAGUCUGCGAAUUGGGACGACUCAAGACACCCGACAAGAAGAGACGCCCAGAGAAGCGAAUCACAAGGAUGUUAGCCGACAAUCCAAAUAUGGAGUGUGCCGGCGCUGACGUGAAUCUAGUGAUUACCAGCGGUUACUUGCAUUUAACUGUCAUCGAAACUGGAGAAAAUAUCGCCAGACAUGAGAUGCCGAACAUAUCUUUUGCUUCAGGAGGCGAUGCCGAUACAUUGGAUUUUGUGGCUUACGUGGCGAAGGAUCACCGCUACGGCAGGGCUUGCUUUGUACUCGAAUGUGGCGGAGGUCUCGCUCAGGAUGACAGGCAGAGUCGUCUGAGCUCUGGAGGUGUGGACGCAAACCCGGGUCUCGCGGUUCCCAAACACGGCCGCAAAGAAUCGGAGGACGAGUUCGACCAAAGAUAUGUCAAUUACUUCAACCGCAAAGACAUCGAUGGCUGGGAAAUAAGGAAAGCGAUGAACGACAUGCAUGGCAUGGAUUUAGUGCCCGAACCCAAGAUCGUGAUCGCGGCGCUCAACGCGUGCCGUCGGGUCAACGAUCACGCCCUCUGUGUCCGCUAUUUAGAGGCCAUCAAAAUGAAGAGCAGUAGUCAUCCAGAGAUGUACGCCUAUGUGAUCCAAGAGGUGAGGCCAACGCUCGACGAGUUGGGCAUCAGUACACCCGAGGAGAUGGGAUACGGAGAGCCGGAGUUAGCGCUCGCCAACCCUUUCGAUAUGCAUUAA